AUGGCUACUGUAGGAUGCUACUCUCCAACAUCAGUCAAAUCAGUAAGAUUAUGAUGAACUCUAAUAUAGUCACGUGAACCUUGCAAGCUACCGAGGCAUGAUUGUGGUAUUCUAAUGGAAUUGCUUUUCUUGGAAUUCAUACGGGAGAUGAGCGAGCAUGGCGUACAAAACACGUUACUGAUUAGAAUUCGUAAUUCCCUGUUCAGUUGGAGAACACCAACUCUAGGUAUAAUUGAUCCUUUCAGAUGACAGCCGCUCUUUUCAGGCGGCGCAGGUGUUACAAUGGGGGGUCAUAUCGAGAAGUCUCACGCUUAGGUGUGAGCAGAUUAUUCAAAUAGGGCCAAGUGAAGAAGUAGGGAUUGGAGGCUCGGCUGGCGCGCACAGCUAUAUCACAGCGUUUACAGCCAGUAGCCGGCGUCAUUUCAACUCUAGACAUCAGCAGACGCUUUUCAGCGUCCGUGGGCAAGGCACGACACUGCCUGGCUCAAACACACACAUGCGCCAGAACUUGACAGGAGAGCACAACGACGACCUGAGUUCGCCGUGGUCCCAACCAACUACAGGCGUCACAGUCUGUCACAGGACGCGUUGCCAGUUCUUCUGUGGGAAAGCUUUUUGAAAAGUAGGCGAAUAUUCCAGGAUGCUCGGCGCUGUCAAAAUGGAAGGACACGAACACGCAGACUGGAGCACUUACUAUGGAGAGCCGGAGUGUUACACCUCAGUCGGCAACAUGAACACUGGACUUGGAAUGAAUUCUAUGAAUACUUACAUGGGUAUGUCCGGGAUGAGUACCACGACCAACAUGACGGCCAACGGCAUGAACAUGUCCUAUGUUAAUACGGGCAUGAGUCCCUCAAUGACUGGAAUGUCCCCGAGCACCGGAGCUAUGGCCGGUAUGGGUGCAGGGAUGACGGGUAUGAGCGCAGCUCUGAGUCCGAGCAUGAGCCCUAUGGCUGCACAACCAGCAACCAUGAACGCAUUAGCCUCUUACACGAAUAUGAACGCCAUGAGUCCGAUGUAUGGCCAAUCCAAUAUUAACAGGUCCAGGGACCCCAAGACAUACCGGAGGAGCUACACACACGCAAAACCACCUUAUUCCUAUAUUUCUCUCAUUACCAUGGCAAUUCAACAAUCUCCUAGCAAAAUGCUAACUCUAAGCGAAAUAUAUCAGUGGAUAAUGGAUCUUUUCCCAUUUUAUCGUCAGAACCAACAGCGUUGGCAGAACUCGAUUCGUCAUUCCCUAUCUUUCAAUGACUGCUUCCUCAAAGUGCCUCGUUCCCCAGAUAAACCUGGAAAGGGGUCGUUUUGGACCCUUCACCCAGACUCAGGCAAUAUGUUCGAGAAUGGUUGCUAUCUAAGGAGGCAAAAGCGUUUUAAGGUCGAUAAAAAGAUGGCCAAGGAAUCCGGCAGAAAGACAUCAGAAGGGGGCACAAACAGCAGCUCGGAAAGCUGUAACGGUAGCGAGUCUCCUCAUUCCAACUCAUCCUCCAACGACCACAAAAGGUCACUGUCCGACAUGAAGUCAAACCAGGGUCUGAGCCCAGAGCACACAGCUUCUCCGACUUCGCAGGCGCAGCACCUUAUGGCUCAGCACCACCCUGUCCUCCCGCAUGAAGCUCACCUUAAGCCGGAGCACCAUUAUUCCUUCAAUCAUCCGUUCUCCAUCAACAACCUUAUGUCAUCGGAGCAACAGCAUCAUAAAAUGGACCUAAAAACCUAUGAGCAAGUCAUGCACUAUGGUUAUGGUUCGCCAAUGGCCGGUGCAAUAUCUAUGGGGUCUAUGGCAAGUAAAACCGGUUUAGAUUCGACAUUGGCCUCAGAUACUUCUUACUACCAAGGUGUGUACUCGAGGCCCAUAAUGAACUCGUCCUAAAACAAAUUCUCAUGGACUUGAAAUUAUUUGUACAUUUGUAAAAUUAAAGUUUGUAAAUAUGUAUACAGAUUUUCCCCGUUGAAUUAAUUGUCAAGCUUAAUAAUAAGUUUGUGAAACUUUGUGGAUAAUGUGACGAAAACCGCUUCGACAGUGGCUUUGACAUCGGAACAAACAUAACUGUUUCGAAAUAGGCCUGACGAUAUCGGACCUUUUGUAUGAAAACCGGGGACUGGAGUUCUUUAGACGUUUGUGUAAUCCUUAUUUAUGGCUUGUAAAUGUGUAUUCUUGUAUUUGAUGACAAGAAAAAAUAUUAAAGUGUUAUUUGGA